AUGACGACAGAAAAACUUUUCCACACUGCUCUGAUUGGGAGCUAUAUUUUAUUGGUAGUCUCUAUUGUGAGCGGAACACAGUCCGAUUCAAAUACACUAGAUUCCGCCAAGUUUGGAGAUGCCAGAAAAUGCCUUGCAGAAAUGGGAAACGGCGUUACCCGUUUCGGAGUUUUACCAGGAACGGGAUGGGAUAAUCUUAGAAACAAGGUCUCAGGAUUGAUCGUUUCUUUCAAUUAUUCUGAGUGUGAUACAACCGAUGAUGGCAAAUAUCUAAUACCCGACAAUGUUUUCACGGUUCCGAUCAAAACAAGUGAGGUAGAAGUAUUAGGUGAAUAUUUUCAUCACUGGACUGAAUAUAUUUCAACAACGUCGCAUUCAAUAAAUAUUGGUUCCGGGUUUAAUGGAAAAUUUCAAAUAAGCGGGGCAUUUUCUUUUGAAAAAGAGAGAAUUAAGAAAAAUCAAAUUGCGAACAAUGCAGCUACAACACGGGUCCAGGCAAGAUAUGUCCGUUAUUCAGCCAAACUUCAGCAGACUUCACACCUUAAUCCAGAAUUUCGUCAACAAAUACAAAACAUUGCAGAAAAUAUACAGAAGAAUUUUUCUUCAGUAGCUGAAUAUGAAAGUCAAGUACUGGUUCGAGAUUUCGGCACACAUAUCGUAUCGAGCAUUGAUGCGGGAGCUGUUAUUUUACAAAUCGAUGAAAUAAAGUCGUCUUUUUUGAAGAGUGUGAAUGCAGACAGGACUAAAAUUAUUAAUUCGGCAAGUAUAAAUUUUCGGAAGAAAUUCAAAUUCUCUAUAGGUAGCAGUCAUGGAGAUUCUUCUGAGUUCAUACAAAGCUAUGAGAAAAAUAAAUUAAGCAGUUUUAUCCAUGCCCAGGGAGGACCGAUUUUCAAGCCAAACAACUAUUCCUUGGAUGACUGGGCAUCUGAAGUGAAAGACAAUCUGGUUGCAAUCGACCGUAGCGGCUCACCGAUUUACGAACUAAUUAACCAGCGUAACUUUCCAAAAUACUCUUCAUCUGUUAUUUACGCUACAUUUCAACACGUGAGGAAUGCAGUAGAAGAGUACUUCAGAUUUAACACUUAUCGUGGGUGUACAAAACUUGAUUCGCCUAACUUUUCAUAUAUGGCCAACUUUGAUGAUGGCACAUGUUUAAAUGAAAUGGGCAACUACACAUUCGGAGGAAUUUACCAAACAUGCACACAAACAGGACAACUGUACAAAAAUAUAUGCACACGCCAGAAAAACCCUUUAACAGGAGAGUAUUCUUGCCCAACGGGAUACGAGUCGGUAUUCCUGCUUAAAGGACAAACUUCUUCUUCAGAAACUCGUCAAAGGUGUACAUCAUGCGGUUUCCUUUGGCUAUCGACUUGUUGUUCAAAUUAUUAUGUAUAUGGCAUAGCAUACUAUGAAACCUAUUGGUGUGUAGGUAUGGGUCAAAAUUCUCAUCACGCCGGUUUUCUUUUUGGAGGAAUUUAUACAAGUACUAUAGAAAAUCCACUUACCCAGGAACACGAAUGCCCACUAUAUUUUUAUCCCCUCACUAUGAGUGAAGAUAUUAAAGUUUGUGUAUCAGACGACUUUGAACUAGGUUUUCGAUACUCUGUAGCGUUUGCUGGACUGUUUAGUUGCAAGUCGGGUAAUCCAUUGGCAAUCAUGAAAGAGGAAGGUGACAAAAACAACACAAAAAGCAUGAGUUCUUACCUCUUGUCGGCCAAUUCUGAUUUAUGGCCCCGUGCCUGUCCAACUGGGUAUAGCAUGCAUCUAGCAGCUUUGGCAGAAUCGUGUGAAGUUAAUUAUUGUGUAAAAUCAAUGUCCUUUGCCAAGCAAGAAUUUCCAAGAAUUCGAAGACCGCCUUUUAUUGAACUUCCUGGCGAGGCAUUUUUAAAAUCAAAUGAUGGCAAUGCCACAUACCAAGCACAAACUGGGGGAUCCAAUCAGUCCCCUACUGGUUCUGAUGUUCCGACAACUUCCCUAUCUGGAGAAAAGAAGACUAUAAUAGUAUUGUCUGUCGUACUUUCUGUAGCACUUAUUGUAAUUUUGGUCAUUAUUGUUUUUGUCGUUAGAAGGCGAAGAAAAGAAAAGAAAAAUACCGAAGAAUCAUAAACUUAAUUUUUAUUCAUUUAUUCUAUGACAUUUUGUGA